AUGACGGUGGAUUUAGUAAACUCUUUUAACAAACCCACCGCAAUUUUUGCUUUCAUUUGUGAAUAUAAACAUAACGAAAUUGUACAGAUGGCAAAAUUGUUGAGGCAACAUUCGCUCUGUUACGUUUUUGAUAGUGACGAUUUUAACAAAAUUCCUCAGAAUAAAGAUGUGUUAAUAAUGGUCGAAUUGAACUGCCCCGCAAGUAAAGCUUUGUUACAAAAGGCAAAUGAUACAAAUAAAUUCCGAAACCCUUCACGGUGGUUCAUCAUCGAACAAGCUGAGAAACUGGACAAUUACAACUUUUUGUUCGACUCUGAUGUUAUCGUUGCUGAAAUGAAAGAAAAUCUUUAUAGCUUGUUCAUUCUUUACAAAACACAUAACCACGGCGCGCUUAUAAAAGAAUCGUUUGGUACUUGGACAGCGUCGAAUGGCUUAAAUAAAACUAGCGAAAUGGAUAAACCAGCUUCAAUACGACGCAAAGAUCUCAUGGGCCUACCCAUAGCGGCUUCAAUUGUUAUAAGUGAUAAUAGAACGAAGAACGAAAUUAUGACUUUAAGGAACAUCUUCGUGGAUACAGUAGCAAAAUCGGGGUACCGUCAAAUUUGUCCACUGUACGACUUCUUGAACGCCUCUAUGGUGACCUUGUAUACUGACACUUGGGGAUAUCAAACUAACGGGACGUUUAACGGAAUGGUCGGAGAUUUGGUUCAAGGAAAAGCAGAACUUGCUGGUACAAUGAUAUUCAUAACAAAAUCGCGGCUGGAUAUACUAGAAUAUUUGGUGUACCCUUCGCCACCCACUACCAAAUUCGUAUUUCGUCUUCCGCCUUUGUCCUAUCAAAACAAUCUUUUCCUAUUACCGUUCAGGCCCAAAGUGUGGUUAUGUAUUCUUGGACUCAUUAUACUGUUAACAACUAUUCUACUCAUCAACGCGUACUGGGAAUAUGAGAAAUUGGACAUCCGGAACAAUAACGAUCAAACAGUGUUGCGACCAAAUAUAAGCGAUAUUACUAUAUUGGUUAUAAGUGCUAUUUCUCAACAAGGAAGCUUCACCGAACUCAAAGGUACCCUCGGACGCGUGGUAAUGUUCCUUUUAUUUUUCGCGUUUGUGUUCCUGUAUACCUCCUAUUCGGCAAAUAUCGUAGCCUUGUUGCAGUCCAACUCUAACAAGAUAAGGACUCUAUCUGACCUUCUGAACUCCCGACUUGAACUGGGCGUCGAGGAUACGACGUACAAUCGAUAUCAUUUCUCGAUUGCCACUGACCCAAUAAGGAAAGCCAUAUAUCAAACUAAAAUAGCGCCUCAAGGAUCGAAAGACGCCAACUUUAUGAGUUUAGAGGAAGGAGUUAAAAAGUUACAAACGAAACCAUUCGCCUUUAAUAUGAACUUGGGAACUGGAUACAAGUUGGUUGAAAGAUAUUUUCACGAACACGAAAAGUGUGGUCUUCAAGAGAUUCAGUACAUUCAGGAAUCAAAAGCUUGGCAAACGUGCCGAAAAAAUUCGCCGUACAAAGAAAUUUUUAAAAUUGGUUUGAUCAGGAAUCAAGAACAUGGUUUGAACGAUCGAGUUAAUCGGUUAAUAUACACGAAGAAACCUGCCUGCGCUUUCCGCGGUAGCAGCUUCGAUUCCGUCAACAUGAUCGACUUUUAUCCAGCAUUACUUCUACUGCUGUAUGGAAUGAUGUGUGCGAUCCUCUCUCUUCUUUUAGAAUUUUUUUAUCACAAGCGAGUCAUGCGUAUUUCUAAAAAUUCUCAACUAGUUUGCUACGCCUGCAGCUUUUCUUCAGUUGACACGGACAGGUCCUGCAUGACCAUAACUAAUAGCACUCCAGUCGUGAAUUGUAUUCAUAAAUAUUGCACAAUAAUGAGACAAGAAUUUCGGGAUCCAUCUGGAGUAAUUGCAAGUUUCACCCGUAGUUGUUUAAGUUCACCCGAUUUUUUAAAUCACGAGGUAGAGGAUCCAACUUUUAGAACGUUUUAUAGAGCUUGCACCAUCAACCGCUGUAAUAUAGGCGAUGGUAUACAGUCUGUGACGGGAAGUAAUUUAUCACCAAGACCGGAAACAAAUGCUACUAAUAUACUAGUCCCCGGAACCGGAGGGUCUUUCAGUCUGAAAUCUAACUAUCUGGUGACAAUGCUCACUAUACUUGGAAUAUUAUUUAAUUUUCAAUAG